AUGGCAGGCAAAUAUGACCACGAUCGUGUGGUCGCGUCGGGGCUGCAACUUCGCGGCACUCCGGAAGAUAGCGGCGCGACUCGUAGAAAAACUGUUGCUAGCAGGCGAUCCCUCGCGGAUUCACCGCGUUAUGUCGCCAUGCCGAGCUCUCCCAAGGCGAGCAGGUGGAGCAAGGCCAAGAAGGCUUGUGUAGGUGGGGCCAAGAAAUGCGCGAAACUCGUCGCCGACAAGGUGACUUUCAAGGAUGUGGCCAAAAUGGCGGCCAACGAGGCGGCUUCGGGCAGCGGGAUGGCGAUCGACGCGGCGGGAGGCGUCGCAGCCGCGCGGAAGGGGGACAAAAAAGGCGUCAAGAAUGCAGCGGUGAAUGUCGCGAAGGGCGCUGGCUCACUCGCGGCUGCCGCGUUGGUUCCGCACGGCGCGCUCGCGUUCAGCGCGACGAGCUUCGCGGCGGGCAAGGCGAAACCCCACGUGGAAAAAGCGGUGAAGGAGCAGAAGGAGAAGCGUCAGGAGAAGCGCAACAGCAGCUUCCACCAGAUGAAGUAG